UGCGACCCAGAAAAAAUACAACAAUUUCAUUUUUCUGUUUUGCAAGCUCAUCCUCUCGUCCCGUGGAACCUGCGAUAACACUACUUAUUCAUUUUUCUCUCAUUCAUCCCUCAAUUCCAGUUUCGAGAUGUAUUUGAUCUAAAUGUGAAUGAUUGGAAGACACUGGAUAGUACAAUUAAAGUAUGAUGUAUCCUACCACUGGUUGUGUAUGCCCAAUAUUUGAUGCAGCAGAGGAAUAGUAGAUCUUGACAUAUAGUAAAUUUGAUCCUGCAGGCUCAUCUGGAAUUAAAAAAGUUAUUACAAUGGAUCUUAAUUUUGCUGGUAGUAAUUCAUCUCCACCUCGACCCAAAUGGAGAAAAGUGGCAUAUGGCGGUAUGCAACCUGGAUAUGAUGACAAUCAUACUGAUGAAACCUUUCUUGAAGGAAUGGUCAUGAAUGCCAGUGUUGUAAAAAGGGACAUGCUAAAGGUUAUGCUGGACUCGGUUUCCAUUUCUGAAUAUUUAUGCAUUGUUGCUCUUGUUGUCUUGGUCUGGACUUAUACACUUUCAUCCUCUCUUGAUAAAAAUUCCCUCUUGUUAAUUGAUAUAAGUCUUCUUGUUUCAGGCUUUCUAAUUCUCCUUUUUACUCAAGAAAUGCUUUCACUUAGUCUUCUCCUUCAUCAUGCCCUAAAUAUCUCAUUUUUCAUUACUGGCUUAUAUGUUUUGGCUCCCAUCUACCAAACUCUUACAAGGUCUAUCAGUUCAGAUUCCAUUGGAGCAGUAACUGUAUCACUUCUCAUAAUUCACCUUUUCCUGCAUGACUAUUCAGAAUCCACCAUCAAAGCCCCAGGUGUUCUCAAGAAUCCUGCAUUAACCAGUUGUAUAUCCGUAAAUGCUUCUGUAGUCGCGUCGGUUUUUAUUGCUUCCUGUCUUCCAUCAAGAUUACAUGUGUUUGCCAUCAUGUUAUUCUCUUUGCAGGUUUUCCUUUUCGCUCCACUGGUUACGUACUGUAUUAAAAAGUAUUCGUUCUGUUUACACCUAUGCUUUUCUUUUAGUUUGAUGAUCAUGACAUUAAGUUUUGUGUACACACUUCAUCGCUUGCUAUUUGUGGUGCUACUUAGUUUGUUGGUUUUUGUCAACUUGGUCUGCCCUUACUGGCUUAUAAGGAUUCAAGAAUACAAGUUUGAGAUCAAUGGACCUUGGGAUGAGGCUAAGCUUUGUUUUGAUAUUACAGACUGAAAUCAGAACAUGGUUUUUGAGAAAUUGGAGUGCCCUUUUUUUAGGUGGAAAUAUAAUUUACUCGCUACUUGGUCUAGUUUAAGUUAUGAGGUCAUCAAAGGUCCUUGCUGUUCAAAUCAGAGGAGGAUAAGAAAAUGAUUUGUACUCAUGCCUUAGAAUGAUAAUGUAGUGAUGGUUUAAAAAAAUCUAGGUACCAUGGUUGUAUAUUUAGAAUUCAAGAGCCUGAUGGAUUUGAAAGGAAAAAUAUAUCAACUUUUUUUAGCAGUAUUUGGACUAGGAGAGAACACUAUUGUCAAUUUUUUUCAAGCCUGAAAUGUUGGCAUAUGAGGAUUAUUGUAAUGUACUCAAUACAGGUUAUUUUUGAGGAAAGCUUUCUUCCAUUAGAAAACUAAGGGAUAAAAGCUCAACUUUGCUUAAUAAUACUGUUGCUGUUUCAUUCAUCUAUGUAUCUAAAACAUGAUUGGAUCACACUCAAUACUUCUAAUAAACUUCAGCAGAACAAUACUGCUGUUGAUGAGAGUCCCUGAAAUGUAUAGGCCAGUGGCUGCUUCGUCAGCCACACCUCGAGGUGGAUUGCCUAAUGACAGUGAGGAGGACUCUGUUGUUACAUUAGAUCAAGUUCCAAGGUGGAUUGAUGCUGAACAUUCAUUAGAGAAUGACAAUAGAGAUCCUUUGGCGUUCCAAUCAGGAACUGGGAGUGGUGCAGGUGGUUCGGUGUGUAGGUUUCCUGGUGACCAUGAAAUAAAUUCGCGGAUAUAUUUGUGGAGAGGGGAUCCUUGGAACCUUGAGAUAGAUGCUGUGGUGAAUUCAACGAAUGAGGUACAUUGCUUUAAUGAUGUUAUUCCUACCUUUCAUAAUUUGACCAACUUGCAAAUUAAUUCUCUCAACUAUCGUUGGAAUUUUUUAGUACAAGUUCUCAAAUACUGCCCUAUGCUUCAAGAGCUUCGCAUUGACGAGGCUGGGGAGGGGCCUGACGCAAACGAGGAAACAUGGACUAGAAAAGAUGACAAAGAAAGUUGGGUGGAACCGGAUGUUGUUCCGCAAUGUCUUUCAUUACACCUUAAAUCUUGCCAUCUUCUGAGCUUCUUAAGCCUUCACAGUGAGCUUUUGCUAGCAAUAUAUAUUUUGAAGAAUGCAAGAGUUUUACAAACCAUGGUAAUCUGGAACAGUGGAAAUUUCCUCGAACUAGAAAGACUAUUAUCCUUAUGUCCAAAGGCUUCAUCAACAUGUAAACUUACAGUUUAUGAUGUUCCUUUUGAUGAUGCAAGUGAGCCUAAUUCACCUUUGGACGCAAGUGAGCCUAAUUCACCUAUGGAUGCAAGUGAGCCUAAUUCACCUUUGGAUGCAAAUGAGCCCAAUUCACCUUUGGAUGCAAGUGAGCCUAAUUCACCUUUGGACGAAAGUGGAUCAUUUGGUGGCAGCAACGAUUAAUGCUUUUUAGUUUUUAGGUUCCUUUAGUAUAAGACUUAUUGUUAGGCUAUUAUGAAUUUUGAGUUGUAUUACCACAUUUGAUAUUCUAACUAUAAAGCUUUGAAUUAUAUUUAUGUUGGUUAUAUGUUUCAUGAAAUUGGUGAAUCGGGGAGUGGUAGUUCCUGAUGUAAUUGUACUCAUGCAGGAUUUAUAAAAGGUUGUUAUUUGUUUGAAUAUGACUGAGGAUUAUUAUUAUUGUAUUAGGGCUCAAAUUGAACAUUAUGGAUGCAUUGUUGAACCUUGUUUUGGGAAGAAUGCAUAGGAUUCUGGUGCAUGCUCAAGGAUUGCAGAAGAAGAAUGCAUAGGAUUUUGUUUUGGGAAGGUAGGAUCCGAAAGAAUAGUUGUUGAAAUAAUAACAGAGAAAGGGGUGUAUUACUUGCAAUAGUCACUGAAAUUUUUUCAUGCAGAAGACUUGCUGCUUCAAACAUGAACAGUACAACCAAUCUUGAUAAACUGAAAGCUGCAGGUGAAGCGGGUAAUAUAGACAUGCUCUAUGCUGUAAUUCAAGUUGAUUCGUCCAUUUUAGAGACUAUAGAUUUAUGCACAUUACUAAGAAAUUGAAUAGACCAUAAAUAAAACAUUGUUGCAAUAGGAGAAACACAAACAACCAUCAGGGUUGGAUAGAUGGUACAGUUGCUGCUAAUGAGAACUGUAACUGAAACCACUACUGGUCGAAUUCACAAACAAUAAUCUCAAUAUUGAUUUGCAUUUUUCCUUGUCAUUGUUUAUCAUGGUUUCUGUUCAACCUUUUUCUCUUCUUCUUUUAGUAUUCUUGCAACAGGGGUUAAAGAGGCAUGAAUCAUCAUCCCAUAACUUUACCUGCAAGGCUGCAAGGCAGGGAAUAAGAUUAGUAAGACCCAACUCAACCAUAUAUAUGUUUUCAGUCCCCUACACAAUUUUGACGUUUAGGGACAAAUAAAUAGAUGAACUACUCCACAAUUCUGUCAUAUUAUUAAAAAUGUUUGAAUUUGAUGAUAAUUACUUCUAAAGUCACACAUGUGUUUGAUUGAGAUUUGUUGAGAUCGUAAAUUUUUGUUUACGGUGUCAGUAUAUCAAAAGUAAAUGCAUCCUUUAGAAAUUUUUUAAGGGUUUACACUUUACUACUUUUUUUUAUGAGAUUUUCUUUUACCACCCUACCAGUUUCUCGCAAGCCACAUGUCUUUCCCAUUUUACCCUUCCGCUACUUAAGUAGCCGACGUUAUAAAAAUGAGAAGUUUUUGUAAAUGUCGUCAGCUACUUAAAUAGUAGACGUUAUAUAGGUAGGGUGUUUUGGGGGGUGUCCGCUACCUAAGUAGCGGACGAGGUUAUUUUGGUAAAUUCGUAGGGGCACAAGAAAAUGGGUAGGGUGGCAAAAGAAAAUAUAUAUUUUUUAUUACAAAGAGGGUUGAAGCCCAAAAGGAAAACAAACUACACGAGGGAUAAUGAUCCUGAACAUAUCAACUAACAAAAGAGAACUAAAUUGAGGACAGUUCUCAAUAAUCAUAAAACUCAAUUCCAUAGAACAACCGAGGUUUGCUAAUGCAUCGACACAUUGAUUCGCACAUUCCUAUAAACAUUAUGAAAAACCACAUCCUAAUUAAACUCCACAAGUUGACGAAUAUUCCAAACAAGGAUUAGAAGGAGACUGAAAUUUGAGUGGAAUAAAGACAAGAAGCAAGGAAUAAGGAGGAUUAGAAAAAAUUGAAGAAGCUUAAAAAUUCUCACUAUUUCCAACAAUUUCUUAUUUGGUGAUCAAAUUAACAAGGUCAGUUCCCUAAACUAGCUUAUGAAUCUUUUAGUAGAAGUAGAAUUUAAGAUUAGUACUCGAAUCAUGCAUGAUAAUUAAGUAGACAAUUUCACAGUGAUUCUCAUGAGUAGUAGUUCGACUCUUAGAUUAGAAGAGUAAGAA